AUGGAAGGCAUUGUCGCUCAGGUCAAAUCAUUGGCAGAGGGAGUUGAUGAGGCGACCCACAACUCUAUUCUCCAGAGUCUCCGUGAUCUCUAUCUUUCGCUUGAAACUCGCCAGGAUACAAUGCAAAGAAUCUCUUAUGCGCACCUAGAGCCAAUCCUCGUUGAAGUUGGAUUAGACUUGAAUCUUUUCAACAUCUUGGUUGAAAGCCAAACUCCCUUAACUAUUGCCCAGCUUUGUGAUCGAACUGGUGCUGCCUCUGAUUUACUAGGACGCAUCCUACGUUACUUGGCCUCAGUUGGGGCUGUCAAAGAGACAGGUGAAGACACCUUUACGGCCAAUAAUACCAUCAAGCACCUAAUUCAAACUAAGUACCAGGAUAUUACAUCUCCAGUUAACACUCCGCUUCAGAAAGCCUUCAAUACCGAGUUGCCGGGCUUUCUCUGGGCGCAAACAGAGCCAGAUGUUUUCCGCCAUUUCAAUCGGUUCAUGAUGGCACAACAUGCCGAUAUGCCACAUUGGCUCGAUUUGUAUCCAAUUGAGCAGAGAUGUCAAGGCAUCGCACCAGAGCAAGUUCUGUUCGUCGAUGUCGGCGGUGGAAUUGGUCACCAAUGUAUCGCGCUGAAGGAACGACUACCAACAUUCAAAAACAAGGUCAUUUUACAGGAUCUGGAUGUAGUUGUUACCCAGGCAAUCAAACAUGAAGGAGUCGAGACAAUGGCUCAUGACUUCUUGCAGCUUCAACCAAUCAAGGGCAGUCGAUUCUACUAUAUGCGCAAUAUUAUGCAUGACUACCCGGAGGAGAAAGCAGUCAUCAUUUUGAAGAAUCUCAUUUCUGCCCUCGGCCCCGACUCGGUCAUUCUGAUUGACGAUAUGGUCCUACCGGGAAGCGGUAUUCAUUUUCACGCAACCCAAAUCGAUAUCACCAUGAUGACCACACUAGCCUCUCAUGAGCGUACGAUAACACAGUGGUAUGCUCUUAUGGAGAAAGCGGGUCUCAAGAUCAAGCAAAUCUACACCUAUAAUACCAGAUAUGAUUCGGUCUUGGAGUGUGUACCUGCUGAGUGA